CAUAGGCAAGAGCACGUACAUAGAAAUCAGUCUGAAAUAACGUCUUUUAUUUUUGUGAUUUAAACAACAGAAACAAGAAAACAUGAAUGGAGUUGUUAUCGUAUCCCUUUUUCUUGGGAAUGCUAUAUUUGCCUCUGAACCAGAAUGUUCCCGGUUCCAUUAUGAAGAAAAAACUUUAGAAAAAAUGAUAAAACUCGAGAUAUUGGUGCAGAAAAUGAAAACUGAUGUUGAGAAGACCGAAAAACUUGUUUUUGACACAUUGCAGGAUAUGAAAAAAGAAAGAGAGCAGACAAAGCAUGAUUGGGAAACCGAAAAGGAAGCUAUGAAGAAAGAGUUGAAAGAAAUGAAAGAAACUAAUAGAAAACAGAUUGGUCAGUACGCGAAGGAAGUUGAAAAUUUCAAAGAAUCGGUAUCUUUGUCAACAAUUACAUUUGCCGCCGAACUGGAUCAACCUAAUGCGAAGUUCGUUUCUGGGCAAAUAUUUAUUUACAAAAAGACCAUUUUGAAUGAAGGCAACGGUUAUGAUAACACCAAUGGCAUAUUUACGGCACCGGUGAAAGGGACGUAUUUUUUCACAGUACAGUUUUGUACUCCCUCAGGCGACGCCGUCGGAUUUGCAAUAAUGUCAGAUAAUGCGGAAAUUAAACGUGGAUAUAUGUAUGAUGGUAAGAGAAACUGCUGUCACAGUUCUGAUGCGUUCGCUGUCCUAAGCAAAGGAGGAAGGGUUUGGAUAAAAUGCACAGCCCCUGUCAUCCCGGUACAUAGUGGUAAUUACUGGAAUACAUUUAGUGGUGCUCUUAUACAUAAAUAAACACCAAUAACUCUUGAAUCUGCUGGAAAGUUUAUCCUAAGGAUUAAUUUCUCAAUUAAUUUAAAUUCUUAUGGUAAAAACCCGUGUAGUGCCUCAUUAAAAACGCUUCCUGUGUGGUUUAUUUCCUCUGUGAAUGUAUGUUUGGAGAAUGUAUGUUCCGAAUUAGAUAAUAUAUUAAUUUGCAAUGUAACAAAGGCUAAAGUUUUCGUUUGAGUAUCUUCAAUAUUCCUAUGUUUUUGCAGAUGACAGAUAAAAGCGCUUGAAUUCAGGGCACAAUCAUAUGGUGGCUGAUUUUUGUUAUUUGAUGUCUUCCGGACGAGGAGACGAAGACACGAGGAAACGACAGGACGUAACAAAACUGCUAAUUUGUCGUUUCUUCGUGUCCUCAGGUGUCAGGGAGAAGGCACGAGAAUGCGAAACACAACAUUUAAUGCAAAAUAACGAAACUUUAUGGGCAAACACACGGAAUAUUCCAAUGACAAAAUGUAUUGUCGUCACCCUUUUUGUUUUGUGUACUCGUGUCUUCGCCCCGCGCACAUGAUAACACAGAGACACGAGAAAUUAGCAGUAUUACUUCUUUCGUAUCCUUUUGUCUUCGCCCCUGAGCACAUGAGGACACGAAGAUAAACAAAUGGUAGUUUGCCGUCUUUUCAUGGCCUCAAGAAGACUACGAAACCUACUUUUGAUCCGUAACGGCCAAAUUGUGUCGUUUUCAAAAAGUGCAUUAACAAAAACUGUUGAUGGAUAUUUCAGACCUCCGUAGUUUACAACUAUCUAAUAUGCUAAUUUAUCUGAAAUACUUAAAUUACAUUUUCAAUUGUUUAUAAGUUUUUUAAAAAUUUACCACUUUUGUUUUUAUAGAUAUAUUCCUGGAAAAGUACAUUGUAUACUUAACUAAAACUCAAGUCCUUCGAGUGGUUUGUCGCCUGAUUUAUCACAGUUCAGAGUUUAGAUGCGCAGGUAUUGACCGACGAGGACGUUAGUCAGUGAGGUUAAAUAUUUUAACAUCUGAACGUUUAGCCGUGGUAAAUUAGACGAAUAACCACAAUAAACCUUGAUUGUUUUCAUUUUUACAUGUUCAUUGAAUAAUUUUGAUAAAAAUCGUGCUGGGUUUCCUAAAUACGAGAAGUAACCAACUGGACGUAAUACGGCAAUUUGACGUCAUAAUUGAAGUCAUACUGCUGUCUUACCGGUCUGCACGUCAACUGUUGUUUGUCAUUGAAUAUGCAGACCUUGACUUCUGUUGUUUAGUAGGCUAUCAAAUCGAGCCAUAUUGGAAUUGACAUUUUAAUUAAAAAUAGUUUUACGAAACAAGUACAGGAUAAUUUUCACUCAAGAUCCUUCUUCAUCUUCUUUCUUCUUCUUCUUCUUCUUCUUCUUCUUCUUCUUUUCGUCUUCUAUAUAUUUUGAAACACUGAAAAUGUAUGUCAUAAUCUGCAUACUAGUAGUUUUAUAUGUUCUACUGAUAUGUAAAAUAAAUUUUCGACGACAACUACAAACUUAAAUACAAUAACAAAUGCGCAAAAUUUCAAACAGGCACCAGUUUUAAACACAGUCAUAGUUUGAAUUUGUUACAAGUUUUGGCAUACCAACUUGUAAACAAUAUCUUCACAUGAAAUAUUACACCCUUAAAUAGAAAUGCGUAUUUCUAAAUUAUCCUUUUUCAGGGUAAUUUAAUAUUUUGUUUUACUUAUGCUUGUAAGAAUGCAAAGAAAGAAUGUACAAACUGUCAGCUCAUUAGAAGCGGAAGGCGAAGACCCGAAAGGACGAAAAAACACUUCUUCGUGCCUUGCCCCGCAUGUCGUUGCCCGUAAAGUUUCGAUAUUUCACUUUCAGUGUUUUGUGUCCUCGUGUGUUCGCCCCGGAAGACGCGACAAAUCAGCAGUGUUUUCAUCCAUUCCUGUCCUCGUGUCUUUGUAUCCUCGCCCCGGAGACACAAAACGACAGAAGUCAGCCACCACACAAUUGAGCAUGUGUUGUAAACUCUGAUGAUGCUUAACAAUAAAUAUUUAAAGAUGCUUUUAUUUCUAUAUUUACAGGUAAUUUAGAAGGUUGCUUUUGAUGCUUUAAUUAUUUAUGUACAUUUUGCAAAUUAUUGUUUUUGUAUUUUUUAAGUAUUGGAAUGAGAAAUUGAUAACGCAGGCCACAGCAUUGGCCUUUGACAAAUAAAUGAAUUGUGCAGCGUU